AUGGCAACAGCUGAAGCGAGAGGGUCCAAGGACCUACAUGACGACACGACAAAACAAGAUGUCAGCACAGGCAUCGUAAUCCCAACGUUGGUGGAAGGAGAAAUUCUCACUACAACAAAGUGGGAGAUCUGGUCGUGGUACGCCUAUUAUAUCGGUUCCAAUGGACUCGCCUUAUUCAAUUUUGGGCCGACUGCCUUCCAGAAUUUACUCGACCAGGCUGCAUCCAAAGAUACCGGCCUUUUGCAUUUUGCUGGCCGCGCCAGAGAUAUCAAUAGCAUCGUCUUGCUUGCCAAUGGCAUCUCUUUCGCCCUACAGGCCAUUCUCUUCCUCAUUAUCGGAGCGUACGCCGAUUUUGGAACUGGACGACGAUGGAUUCUGCUGUUCUGGUCCAUUAUUUCUUAUGGAAUCGGCUUUGGCUGGCUGGGCGUCCAAGAUGCUAGCAAAUGGCAAACGGCCACAGGCUUAUACAUCGUCGGCCUGAUCGGAUACCAAAUGACGCUUACAUAUUGGACUGCCGCAUUUCCCUCUCUGGCCAGGAACCUGCCUCAACUAAGAGACGCCGCGCUGCAGUACGAGUCGGGCGAAAUCACGCAGCAGGAGAUGGAUCGCAAAGACGAGGUGGAGAGAAGCAGACUGAGCAACGUUGCAUUCUACAUACAAUCCAUCGGCGAAGUCGUCAUCUUGGCCAUGAUUGUGGGCAUCAUGUUCGGCGUCAAGGUCGACAAGAGCGUGGCGAAUAACAAUCGAGGGCUCUCGGUGCUAAUCGCUUUCGCUACAGCCUGUUGGCUCAUUCUCUCGAUUCCUUGGUUCAUCUUGGAGAAGAAGCGUCCGGGAAUGAAGGUCCCAGACCACUUGAACAUGGUGACGGUCGGAUUUUGGCAACUUUGGAGGGCCCUUGGGCAGAUUUGGCACUUGAAACAAAGCCUGAUCUACCUUGUCGGAUAUUUCCUCCUCGGCGACUCUCUCAACACUACUGUCACAGUCAUUGCCACGCUACAGAACCAGGUUGUCAGCUACGAGACUCUUACCUUGACUUACCUGCUCAUUGUCGGUAUAGCCGCCCAAGCUAUUGGUAUUGGUACCUUUUGGCUCAUUCAGAAGCGAUUCAACCUCAGUGCCAAAUCCAUGUUCAACGCAGUCAUGGUCUCUAUUAUACUCUUAGAUGGCUGGGGUAUGAUUGGCAACUGGACUGACAAGUUUGGGUUCAAGAACGUCUGGGAGAUUUGGCUAUACCAGGCUUUCUAUGGACUUUUUGUGUGUCCCUGGUACAGCUAUUCUCAGAUCAUGAUCAGUUCUGUGACUCCCAGAGGACACGAGUUUCUCUUCUUCUCUUUGUUUAAUAUCAUUGGGAAAUCGUCCAGUUUUAUCGGGCCGUUUAUCAGCAGUGCCAUUAUCGAUACCACUCCUGGUGGCACCAAUAAUAGCGCACCAUUCUACUUCUUAUUCGCCCUAAGCUUGGUCAGUGCUAUUGGCAUCUGGCUUUUCCUCGAUCUGGAGAAGAGUGCUCGAGAACAGGAGACUUUUAUUAUUAAAGAGAAGAUAGAUUUAGACAGGCGAGGAGCUAGGCAACUAUAG